AUGAGGGCUCUGGUGCUGGGGCUGUUUUUUUGUGUGACAUGGCCCGAUUCUACAGAGGCUCAGUUUCCUCGAGUCUGCAGCACGGUGGAGGGGAUCGUCUCAAAGCAGUGCUGCCCUGCUCUCGGCUCUGAUCCUGCUAAUGUCUGUGGAACUUUAUCUGGACGAGGAAACUGCUCCGACAUCAGAGUCAGUACCAAACCCUGGGGCGGACCGUAUCGAAUGAGAAACCGAGAUGACCGUGAAAGGUGGCCAACAACAUUUUUUAAUCAAACUUGCAGGUGCUUCGGUAACUUUGGUGGCUUCGACUGUGGCCAGUGUAAGUUUGGCUGGACAGGACCAAACUGUGACGUACGUAAAGCCCCGGUGGUGAGGAAGAACAUCCACUCUCUGACUCCAGCUGAGCUUCAGGAGUUUCUGGAUGUGUUGGACCUUGCCAAGAAGACCACCCACCCAGACUAUGUCAUUGCCACACAGCACUGGCUGGGCCUGCUGGGGCCCAAUGGAACCCAGCCCCAGUUCUCCGACAUCUCCAUCUACGACUUCUUUGUGUGGCAGCAUUACUACUCUGUCAGAGAAACGCUCCUUGGACCUGGACGUCUUUUCAAACACAUUGAUUUCUCCCACAAAGGACCUGCCUUUAUAACCUGGCACAGGUACCACCUACUCAGUCUGGAGAGAGACCUGCAGAAACUGACUGGCAAUGAGAACUUUGCUGUUCCAUACUGGAACUUUGCCACAGGGCAGACUGAGUGUGACGUCUGCACAGACUCUCUGCUGGGGGGACGCAACCCAGACAACCCCUCUCUCAUCAGUAACCAGUCCAGGUUCUCCAAUUGGGGGGUGGUGUGUAACAGCAUGGAUGAAUAUAACCGCCUGGUCACUUUGUGUAAUGGGACCAGUGAGGGACAUAUAAGGAGAGGACAGGUAGGGAGGAGCAACAUGAGUCUUCCCACAAUGAAUGACGUCAGGAGCUGUCUCAGACUCAGAGACUUUGACAGCUCUCCCUACUACACUAACUCUACCUUCAGCUUCAGGAAUUCUCUUGAAGGCUAUGACAAGCCAGAUGGCGAGGCAGAGCUUGACUCCUCAGUGGACAACCUGCACAACCUGGUCCACUCCUUCCUCAAUGGAACCAGUGCUCUGUCUCACUCUGCAGCCAAUGACCCCAUCUUUCUAGUGCUCCAUGCUUUCACUGAUGCCAUUUUUGAUGAGUGGAUGAGGAAAUCUGUUCCACCAAACUCCAGUUUCCCUGAUGAGAUGGCCCCCAUUGGUCACAACAGAGAUUACAACAUGGUGCCAUUCUUCCCUCCUGUGACCAAUGAAGAGAUUUACGUUGCGUCUGACCAGCUGGGAUAUUCUUAUGCCAUCGCACUGGAUGAGAAUGACGGUAAUCCUGUAUUUGUCGUGAGAGCUACUUUGACAGGCGUUUUCGUGGGCCUACUGGCUGUGCUCAUGGUAGUCGUGGUUUAUAUGCUGCACCGGCGAAGAAAGCAUGGCUUUGAACCCUUAAUACAAUACAAUAGGAAGUACAUAGACAACUCUUGA